AUGGAUUUUUGGCAACGCUUGAUAGCGGGCACAUCGCUCGCGCCAGCUGGCAGCAAGGUAACUUUGAAUAAUCCGGAAAAACGACUGGCGAGGUUCAAGAGGGAAUAUAAUCGUCUUUUGCAAUUAUGGCGCAAUGCGACGGAUCUCUCUCGAGAUUAUGACGCUGCGGAACAAAUACGCAUCUGUCUGUCUGAAAUUACUCGAGUGCUCGGCGAUGAGUCUCGUCGUCCUUUACCACAUCCUUGCAUCGCUUUUGCGGCGGAGAAACAAAUCUACAUCUCGAUUGGGAAGAUAGCUACGACGUCGUAUAAUGAGGGGAUUAUUCGGGAGGCGGUCUCUCUCUUUGCUGCAUUGCUUGAUAGCGAGGAGGAGAAUUUUGUCGAGAAUGAUGUUUUCGCCAAAAGUCUUAUGAAUCUGCUGGUUCGGAUUACCGGGUCGAAUAAUAUUAAUCUGGGCUCGGAAUUGGCGGUCGAGGUGGUGGAGCUGUCAUUCAAUAUUACGACCAAGAUUAGACUUGACCCGGAAAUCUUGCCGGUUUGGUUUACUUCGCAACGAAGGGAUGAGGAUGCUGCAAAGGGAUAUACUGCGGAUCCACAUGAGAAGUUUGCGGGAAAGACACACAAGGAGGAUUUUCAGCUGUUCUAUCUGUUGAUUGAUUACAUACAUGAAGAAGGGAGAUGUGGAGAUUUUGCGAGGACAGGUCUUCUCUAUAUUAUUGAAGCAGCUUCGAAUGAUGUGGCGCUGGAGCAAUGGAUAGUUGAGAGUGAUUUGGCUACUCUCAUGGCUACAGGACUUGGUGCACUAUACAGUCAGCUCAGUCGAAAACUUGUUAUUGAUCAUCCCCCGGAUGCAUUACCUCCUGUUCUGGCGCUUUCGGAUUAUCGACACCCUCUUACUACACAUGAGAUUGUGAGCUCAGUCGAUGAGGAUUAUCAAUCGCAAAUGGAAACUUUCCUUUCACAUUUGGUCUUCUGGCAGGAUGUGCUGAAUCAUUGCAAAUCCAUGGAGGUUAAACAGACACUCUUGGAGCACUUUCAGGUCAUCUUUCUACAACAACUACUAUAUCCAUCUUUACUCGAAUCUUCAGAUGUUGAUGGAGGUUCAUCGGUUGCAGUAUUGACAUAUUUACGACGAAUUCUAGAAUCUUUAGAUCAUCCUGACAUGAUUCAUCUUAUCCUUCAUUACCUUCUCGCUUUACCUGAUACUACACCAGCUCCUUCAGGCUCGAAAGCUUCUGUGAGCGCAGCGAGGAAACGAAAGUCUUUGGAUCUUGCAACUCUAGUUGCUUUGCAAGUAGAAGGAGGUGCCCCUGCAUUAUACAAUCUGGUGGAUCUUAUUCUAGGCAGUUUACGAUCAGAAAGUUCACAGACUGUAACCGUUACGUUGCAGCUUUUAUCCGUUAUUUUGAAACGACAUCAUCGAUACGCUGUGACCACACUACUUCGAACAGGUCAUGUAUUGGGUGACGGACCGCAACGUUCUAUUGCAGCUCAUGAAAGAGAAAUUGAGUGUUUACUCUCAAUGGCCGAAGAUCUUGGCGGUGAAGAUAAUUUUGAUGAUGUUUAUGAAAAUCACAUCAAAGAUAGUAUGAAUAUCUUGGAAAGUCACUCUUGUUCCAUUGCACUUGUUGCGCCUAAAUCAGCUAGUGGAACUUCCAAGUUUCCCGGUUCUCAGGCGACCAUUCCUGGUGCGCCGAGAGAUAUUCGUCCCCAUACUUUGAGACCUGAAGAUCCGGUUCUCAUGACUUUACUCGAUAUCUUGUCGACAUUUUUCAUAAAUUCCGUCGAGACAAAUCUUUCUUUGACGGCCGCAAUUAUAGAUUUGGCAACAUGUGGCUAUAUGAGUGUUGAUGGGUGGCUUUUGCCUGACCCUUCGAAAUAUGUAUAUGAAGAAUCUGAAGAAGGUAGAACUGAUGAAAUUGUGGACGAUCUUCUUCUCACUAAUAUAGGAGAUCCGGACGAAAUUUUGGAGAAAGCACAAAUUCGUGCUUUAAAACUAACACAACGUCGUCUCAAAUGGUCAGAAACACCAAAACCAGAAUUACUUACCAGACUUGAUAUGUUGGUCGAUCAAGUUAAUAGUUAUCGAGCCGAAAUCCCUCGUUUUGAAGAUAUACUUCAACAACGUCGUGAUGCGUUUCAACAAGCAGCAUCCAUGACCACUCCGGUUCGUCAUCGACCUAGAAGUUACCGUGAAUCAUCCGCCCAUACAGAAUCACCCCCUCGUCAAUCUGCUCUUGAUAAAGUAGCUCAACGCAUCUUCUCUGGUGACUUUAAUACUCCUUCUAGAUCAGGAUCUCCACAAACUCGCGGUCGUCCAGCAAAUCCAAAUCGUGAACAGAGAAGUACGAGUGGGAGUCAUGGGUUCUCUACUCCUACAAAUCGGACGCUGAAUCCACCACCUCAGUUCUUAUCGAGUGCGGAAUCACCUAGUAGAGGGAGUUCGCAAUCGAGAAGUCAGGAGGGAGAGAGGAGGGAGAGAGUUAUUGUGCCUAGUCAGGCAGCGGCAUUUGCGGCUAUUGAUCAGGGGAUUUUGAAUCGGAGGGUGGGGAUUCCGGAGAGGGUUAGGAGAGAUGAGGUUGUGGCGAUACCGUUUCCGGAUCUUAAGGUUGCUAAAAAGAGGACGGGGGAGAGUGGGGAUAGGGGUGAGAGGGAAGUGGAAGUGGAGGUGGAGGUGGAGGUGGAGGUGGAAGCGGAAGCUUCGGAAACGAGGGAUGGAGCGGGGGAAAGUAAAACUUUGGUGGAGAAUUUUGAGAUGGAUGGUAGUGGGGUGGAGGGGAGUGGUGGUUCAAAGGGGAAGGAGGAGGAGGGAGAGACAGAGGUAGUGAUGGAUGAUGCAGAGGGAGAGACAGAAGAUAAAAAGGUAAGCGUAAGUCAUAUUCUAACGAAUGUUAUCGUGUUACAGGAGUUUUUGUUGGAGUUGGCGGCGUUGGUGCAGGUUAGAGCGGGACUUUUUGGGGAGGUUAAGUUUGUUUAG